UUAUUAUUAUCUUUGUGUUUUUCUUUCUGGGUUUUUCUCGAUCAUCAAGCAGCUAGCUUUUGAAGAAAUUUGACACCCAUUUGCUGUUCCGUUUUCAAUGGGUUUAUAAUGUACGUUCAUACGUCGACAGGUGUCCGAAGAAAGGGUGUAGUGGGGCAGUUUUUCAAGGGAACCAGAAGCGUCUCGCGCCUCGCUCUCUCUCCCACUCCCUCAUUCUCAAACCCACUCCUCCUAAAUAUAACACCCUCCAAAGUAAACCAACUGUCAUGGUGUUUCUUUCUAUACCUUUUCCUCCUCUCUUCCUCUGUUUUCCUUCUCCUUCUUUUGCUUUCACAAGCCAACUAAAUGAUAUCAUAGAACCAAAGCUUGAGCUCCACGUAUCACCAUCGCUUCUUCUUCUGCUGAAGCAGAAAGAACCCAAGAAUUGUUGUUAAAUUCUAGACAUGUUUGACAUCUUGUUCGGUUGGAGAAAAGCUACAAAAUGCAAGAAGCUGAUCAACCGAGCUCAGUGCCGGAUAAAGCUGCUGAAGAACAAGAGGAAUUCAAUUGUGAGGCAAUUACGCGAAGACUUGUCUCAGCUAAUCAAAAGCGGCCAUGAACAUAUUGCUUUUAACCGGGUUGAGCAGCUUGUUAAAGAUGAAAGCAUAGCAGCAGUGUAUGAAUUGUUGGACAAUUUCUGUGAAUUCAUCCUCACCCAUCUUUCUUAUAUCCGAAGACACAAGGACUGUCCAAAUGAUAUUAAUGAAGCAGUUUCAAGUCUUAUAUAUGCUUCUGCAAGAUGUGGUGAUCUGCCUGAGCUUCGGGUGAUCCGGAAGCUCUUCGGAGAGCGUUAUGGUCAGAGAUUUGCAGUGACUGCUGUUGAACUAUUCCCUGGCAAUCUUGUGAAUCGUGAGAUAAAAGAGAAACUCUCCAUGAAUUCAGUACCAGAUGAUGUGAAGAAUAGAUUGGUCGAUGAAAUAGUUCGAGAGUGCUGCCUGAAAUCGGAGGUUUUAGCACUUGAAUACUACCCUGGAUGGCAAAACCAGCAGGUCAAAGAAAAUAGUGGACAUCAAGUAUUGGAUAAAGAUGUUCAAAGUUUCUGCAACACAUCCAAAGGAUCUGAAAUGCAAGCUUCAACUGUGGAGGAGAUAGAAAGAAAUGUCAUAUAUGUUGAUUCAUUAUCAACUAGCAAGAACAUGUUGACAGAGCUGUGCAACUCUCCUGGCCACCAAGAUUCUGAAAUAACUAGUACUUUUAGUAGUUGUUCUAUUGUUCAGCAGUCAUCCCUAAAUGUAGAAGAACCUCCUAUGCAUAUAAAAACAGAGAAAGAAGAUAAAGCCAAGCUCAAUUCUCCAUAUAAAUGCACAGUUUCUGGUUUGGAACACAAUGAAGUCAGAAAGAUUACGGCAUCUUCUUCAGAGAGUUUGCCUCAGUUUCCUGCGGAAAUAAUAGUUUAUCUUGAUGAUAUAGAGGAGUUUCAGUCUUUCACAAAAAAUGAUGGAGAUUGUCAAGACCAAAGACUAUUUAAGUUCAAAUCAUCAGUCCUGCCUAAGAGUGAAAAAAUUGGAAUCAGCUGUGACCAAGGAAAUGUGGAUCAUUAUGAAUCAUGGAGUGAGAAGUCAGGCUCAAGGAGCUCUAGAAAGAGUGGGAAGGCAUCUGGGAAAAGACUCAGGAGGAGGUCAAUGUCUCGAGAAAAUGAAAGCUUGAACGAUAUUGAAUGUGUAACAUAUUAUGGCAAGCCGUCCAAGAGUUCCCCAAUUCAUCAACCGAGGAAGCAUCAGAAGAAGAGACUGAAGAAACCUUGCUGUUUGGACAGCAGCUCGGGACAUCCAUUUUAUUUUUGUACUUCUGAUGACAAACACAACCAGGAAGUUUUACCGUGGAAGCAAAAGAGAGGGAUAACGACUUUGGUGAGCUUCCCAACUCCUGGUCCUGAACAACAACUUUUAUCUCAUGAAUCAGAUAAGGAAAUGGAAUGGACUACCAUCCCUCAGAAACAAAAUAGGAGAAGAAGUUAUGACAGUGAUGCCACUGUGUAUAACGUUUUCACCUACCCAAAUUACCAGCCUAAUGAGCAGAACAAGGAAAUGGAAGGCAAAGCAGACAAAUCUGAUUCACCAGGCAGCUGUGUUUCUUCUAAUGUUUCCUGCGAAAUGGUGGCUAGUUCUUUUACAAGAGCUGAGACAAUGCCCCCGGAACGGUCUAAAGAAGAUCUCAAGGAAACCAUGCCACGGUCCAAUUCUUGCCCUUUUCAAUAUCCCAAACAUGUUCAUCCCAAGUUGCCUGAAUAUGAUGAUAUAGCAGCUAAAUUCAUGGCUCUCAAGAAACAGCAUCUGCAAAAUAAGACAAAUCUUCUAGAGCACAAAGCUGUCUGAAUUAUAUAGCACCAGCUCCUGUAACAUUUCUGUUUUCCUUUUUGAAUGGCCCCUCAUUGAAUUUUCCCC